AUGGCGGAAUUAGAGAGCCCAAAUCUGAUGCCUAAACUCAUUAGUUACCUCUCUUCUCUCCUCCACAGGGUGGCCGAAUCGAACGAUCUAAACCCAAGUUUCCAAACCCAGAAAAUCUCUGUCUUUCACGGCCUAACUCGACCAACCAUCUCAAUUCAGACUUAUUUGGAUAGAAUUUUUAAGUAUGCAAAUUGUAGCCCUUGUUGUUAUGUCGUUGCUUAUGUGUAUCUUGAUCGGUUCACGCAGCGCCUGCCCACCUUGCCAAUCAAUUCUUUCAGUGUUCAUCGCCUGCUCAUCACUAGUGUAAUGGUUGCUGCAAAAUUCAUGGAUGACAUAUAUUACAACAAUGCUUACUACGCUAAAGUUGGAGGAAUCAGCACAACUGAGAUGAACUUUCUUGAAGUGGAUUUUUUAUUUGGAUUGGGAUUCAACUUGAAUGUGAAACCCAACACUUUUUAUGCAUAUUGUUCAUAUCUUCAAAGAGAGAUGAUAAUGGUGCAGCCUCAAGUUGACAUGGCAGAAUCCUCCUUGUGUACAGCAAGAUCAUCAAACCUCCAUUUGUGUUUCAAUGAAGACGAAUCAUCCCAUCAACAACAACAGCAGCAACUUGCUGUUUAA